AUGCCUGCUUGUCACUAUAAAAAAUUUAUUCGUUACAAUGAAACAAUUCCAAUAGACCAUAACGGUCUCAUCAUCGAUUGCACUGUACCAAACAACUUUUCACUAAAUGAACCAACUUUAUUAAAUUAUAAUAAUACAAAAAGCGUAAUUAAUUAUUCAAAAACACUUGUAGCCACAUUUGCUCAUCUACAGAACCUAUAUGUUUGCUCCUCAAUACUUUUUGCAAACGAAUCAGAUGUUUUCAUUAAAGAGAAAAAAUUUAUUCCAGCAUUCACUUAUGAUUACGACCAAGAGCGUAUAUUUUUAGGUGUAUAUGAGCAUGUUGUAGCCGUUGGCCAUUGGUGGAGUAGCGAAUACGGUCAUUUCUUUAUAGAUUGUUUAUGUCCUCUUAUGUGCGUUCCCCAGGAGUACUGGAGCAAAUCCACUAUUGUCAUUGGCAAGAGACAUAGUGAUACAUACAAUUUCCUUAUUCUUCACGACAUUGGAUUCCCAGAUGAAAGAAUUUUGAUGUUGAAUGAGUCGCAGUGGAUUUUCGCUAAAAAUAUUUAUACAGUAUUUGAUCCACCAACGUACUUCAGACAUCCUGCAACGGCAUUUCGAAAUCUUUCGAAAUUAUUAUUCAAAAAUUUUAAUUUGAAACAACUUCCAGCAACACGCUACGUAAUGUACAACAGAGCUAAGGAAUCAAAGAGGAGGAUUGGAAACUUUGAAAAUCUUACAAAAACUGCAAAAUUAACUUUUCCUGAAAUUAAAUGGGAAAUAAUCACAGACGAGUUUGCAUCAUUGAAAGAAGCAGCUAUAUCACAUACCGGAAUUCUCUUUUUGUACACAAUUACAGGAACAAACUUAAUUCGAAUUUUAUUUAUGCCAAAAGGGUCAGUUGUCGUAACUACCCAACUAAACUGGAAUGAGUUCAGUUUCCAAAGCUUAGCACUGUCAUUAGGCAUCAAAUAUUUCACUUAUUCAACUCCAGAUUAUGAUCAUUACACAUUUGACCCAAUUAUGUUGAAUUUGACACACACAAUGAGAGCUAUAAAGAUAGGACUAUAUGCCGCACAACAUGGACAAUUCCCUGCUCCAAGCAAAGAAUAUCCAUAUAAGAUUUACUAA